CUCCGGAGAGGCACGGGGACAGCAGGUAUCUGGGAAGUGACGUGGUAUCCGCGCCCCGCGAGAAAGCACAACGGUGCGUUUGUCGUGCAUUUCGCAGGAGGGCAGGAGCGGGAAGGGGAACAUGGCCGCGCAGUCGGACGGCGGUAAAGCCGGGGUCGGGUGCGGCGGCGGCGGAUUCGCGCAGCUGUACGACGUUGACGCCGAGGAGCCGCUGGACUCCGCCGCGAUCCACAUCUGCCAGUGCUGCCGCUCCUCCGCCUGCUACUGGGGCUGCCGCUCAGCCUGCCUCGGCUCUCUGCUCGGCGGGGGCCAGCCCGCCGGAGGGCUCGGCAUCCGGGAGACCCACUGCCCGCCCCGGGAGCAGCUGUGGCUGGACUGCCUCUGGAUCAUCCUCGCCCUCCUCGUCUUCUUCUGGGACGUUGGCACGGACCUGUGCCUGGCCAGGGAGUACUACCAGAGGCAGGACUACCUUUGGUUCGGCCUCACUCUCUUCUUCGUGCUGGUGCCGUCCGUGCUGGUGCAGAUUCUGAGUUUCCGCUGGUUUGUGCAGGACUACACCGGCGGGGGGCUCGGGGAGGUGGAGGGGCUGACCAAGAAGGGCGCGGUGGCUCUGGGGUGCCUGUACCCCGGCAGGGACCGCCUGCAGCUGGCCACCAUCUGGCUGUGGCAGGCCACCAUACACAUCCUGCAGCUGGGACAAGUGUGGAGGUACAUCAGGACUCUGUACCUGGGCAUCAUGUCCCGCCGGCAGAAGGAGCACCAGCGGCGCUGGUACUGGGCCAUGAUGUUCGAGUACGCCGACGUCAACAUGCUGCGGCUGCUGGAGACCUUCCUGGAGUCGGCGCCUCAGCUGGUCCUGCAGCUCUGCAUCAUGAUCCAGGAGAACCGAGCCGAGACGCUGCAGUGCAUCUCGUCCCUGGGCUCCCUCCUGUCUCUCGCCUGGGUCCUGGCCUCCUACCACAAACUCCUGCGUGAUUCUCGUGACGACCAGCGCAGCAUGAGCUACCGCGGGGCGUUGCUGCACCUCUUCUGGCGCCUCUUCACCAUCUCGUCCCGCGUCCUCUCGCUCGCCCUCUUCGCCUCCCUCUUCCACAUCUACUUCGGCAUCUUCGUGGUGAUCCACUGGUGCGCCAUGGCCUUCUGGGUGGUGCACGGCGGCACCGACUUCUGCAUGUCCAAGUGGGAGGAGGUGCUCUUCAACAUGGUGGUGGGGAUCGUCUACAUCUUCUGCUGGUUCAACGUGAAGGAGGGCCGGACGCGCUACAGGAUGGUGGCGUACUACACCGUGGUGCUGGCCGAGAACACCUUCCUCACCGGCCUGUGGUACGCCUACCGUGACCCGGCGCUGACCGACUCCUACGCCGUGCCGGCGCUGUGCGGCGUCUACCUGACGUUCGCCGGCGGCGUCCUGGUCAUGCUGCUGUACUACGGCUUCCUGCACCCGGCCACCGCCCACAUGCAGCCGAGCCCCGCCUCCUCCUGCUGCGCCCAGCUGCUCUGGGGCCUCCCCCUGCCGCCGUCGGCCCCGCCCACCGCCCCGCCCACGCCGGCCCACAUGGCCAAGUCGCAGACGGAGGAGGACGUGGCCGAGACGUGUCUCCCGGUCUUCCAGGUGAGGUCGGCGCCCAUCACCUCCAAGCCCGAAGGCCCGCUGAUUAAGAUCGACAUGCCCAGGAAGCGCUACCCGGCCUGGGAUGCCCACUACGUAGACCGGCGCCUGCGGAGGACUAUUAACAUCCUGCAGUACAUAACGCCGGGCGCCGUGGGCAUCCGUUACCGUGACGGACCCCUGCUGUACGAACUGCUGCAGUACGAGUCCUCACUCUGACACACAUCAGCACACAGAAGAGACAUGAACGUUAACAUGAUGUUCAGAUUUAGAGAUGAGAAAUACACAAAGUCACACUCGAUGUAAGCACACAGACACAAAAGCAAUCACACACUCACACACACACACACACACACACAUUCCUUGCGGGCACCUCCGACCUGUGAGUCCCAUGGCCAUGACUCAACGAGCUGCUUCAGCGCGAGUCCAUCUCCUGCUCUCCUUCUCUCUCUAUCCUCCCUCUCCUCUGAUCCCUCUUCUCCUUCUUCUGUCUUCAUUGAUUUAACAUCACACACACGUUUUCGCUCUCCGCUGUGAAGAGAAAAAAAGAUCAAAAGAAAAAUGAGCGCAGUCUCACUUCCGGAGUCUUUAAAAACCACCGCAUGCCGUUUACGUUGCGUCGCUCACACUCUCACGGGUUUCAGUAGAAUUAAAAAGAAAGAAACAAUCGUCACUUUUUAAUAAAAAGGAGUUCGUGAACAUGUUGUCGUUAGUCUAGUCUAAAGGUAGUGUAUAUAUUUUCUAUGUACAGAAGGGAUGUUUUUUUAAUGUACCGUUACGUUUGUGGUCGACUGGGGCAAAAAUAAAUCAGUUGGACGCGUCGGAUAUUGCAGAGCAUGAUGGGAAAGAAGGAGUAUUGGCCUCUAAUGCAAACAAAUUAGGGAAAUA